UUUCUUUUGAUCGCCGAGGUCUCAGCCUCCCAGAGUGCUGCUCCCGCCUUGUCCUCUGCGACGGGUCCGGGCCGGGGCUUCCCUUUCGCUGCCUGUAUGGCCGCCGCCGUGAACUUUAAAACUCAUGUGGAUCAGACUUGUAGAGCUGCUGAAGAGUUUGUCAACAUUUACUAUGAAACGAUGGAUAAAAGAAGAAGGGUGUUGGCUAGACUCUAUUUGGACAAAGCAACAUUAAUUUGGAAUGGUAAUGCAGUGUCUGGACAAGAAGCACUGAAAGAAUUUUUUGAAAUGUUGCCAUCUAGUGAAUUCCAAGUUAAUAUGUUAGACUGCCAACCUGUUCAUGAGCAAGCUACUCAAAGCCAGACAACAGUCCUUGUAGUGACAUGUGGGAGAGUAAAAUUCGAAGGCAACAAGCAACGUUACUUCACCCAGAAUUUCUUACUGACAGCACAAGCUACACCUACUAGCACAGUGUGGAAGAUUGCAAGUGACUGCUUCCGCUUCCAGGAUUGGGCCAGUUAAUGGGGACUGAGAGGUGAUUGCUUUCCCUCUUCGUUGCGUGACUUUAGCUCUCUGGACAGUCAUUCUCUAAACGUGGAAGACCUUUAUCCCUUCACUUAGUGUGCCGUUCGUUCUGGAAGUACUGCAGAUCUGUGUUGUGCUAGUCCUAGUGGCCCUGGACUUAAUGGCAAAUGUAUUUUUGAAAUGGAAGAAGUUUGCUCAAGUUACUUGGGCCCCUAUGAAAUAUUUAAGGCAGUGAGCCAGAGGGCUUAACCGUUCCUGAAGUUUGUGUUAGUGAUUCUCUCAUGUAAUGUUGAAAUCAUUCCUGUAAAUGCCUUACAUACAACUAUCCUGCUGCUCCAGGAACUUUUUCAAUAAUAUUGAAUGCUAAAAUCUCCGCUACUUGGACACUGAAUCCCUUCAUACAGAUGUGCAAUCAUUUCAGCUUAGAAACACCAUCUUUGAAGCAGACACCCACGACAGUGAGAAAUGGAGUUAGUUGCUCAUAUGUGACAUGUAUAUGAAAGUUAGAACUGCUUAUUUUGAGCCUUGAGCUUGAUCUGGCAACCAUUAGAGUUCUUUUUUCCAAUAAGAGUGGCAACAUCAAAGUAACUUCUCAUAUAAUAGAUGGGAGAGAUCCCACUUGGAGUUGUAGUGUCACCAAUGAAUUACAUGGUUUGGGGGAUGGGGGAAUAAAGGGAUUGGCAAAU